UGUUUAUUUUGCAGCAUGUAAGGACUUUUUUUAGAAGAAUUGUAUCACUAUUCGGAGGUUAAAAGAUCAAUGACGUGAAAGCCUGGUACAACAAAGGUAUGCGUGACCCCCUUUGGCACCGGAGUCAAUCAAGCAGCAAGACGCAACAAAAACCAAGAAAGGAUCCCGCCAAAGUGUCUGGGCGUUUCUUCAAGAUUUCUAAUCUUCCUGUACGUGGUAUAUACAGCUACACAUUUUCUUAAAGCAAGGACAAUGUUUUCUGCGUUGUGGCCAGAAAUCUCCAUCCAGACCAUUGCGCUAUUUUUCGUCGUUUUCCUGACUCUUCAUGUCUUCUUCAAACGACGUAAGAACCUCCCACCGUCACCGAGUGGGAGCUGGCCUGUUGUCGGCCACCUGUUGUCCCUCGGCCGAGCGCCCCACCUGAAGCUUACGGAGUGGAGGAAGCAGUAUGGCGACGUGUACACUGUUCGAAUGGGGAUGGAAGACGUGGUGGUUCUGAACGGCUACCGGGCCAUCAAAGAGGCGCUUGUGGACUACAAGGACGCUUUCUCCAACAGGCCAGACGUCUACUUGCUAAAUCUGAUAUCUGGCUUCGGAAAAGACAUCGCGAUCUCAAAGUUCAACCAAGCCUACAAAGAAAAACGCAAGUUUGCCUACAGUGCGCUGAGAAACCUGGGAAUGAGAAUGGGACCAGGCAGUAUGGAAGAGAACAUCAGAGAAGAGGCUCGUCAGCUCUGUAUGAAGCUGUCCGAGCAAGGGGACGCACAUCCACGUGACAUCGCCGACAACCUGACUGUGUCAGUCGCCAACAUCAUCUGCUCCAUGGUGUUCGGGAAACGUUACGACUACGAUGAUGAAAAGUUCCUCGAACUUUCCAAGAUCGUCAACAAGGUGGCCGCCCAAGUAGGAUCAAGUCAACUAAUGGCUGUUUUUCCUUUUCUGCGGUUCAUACCGGGAGUAAAUUCAACAAACAGGAUUCUUGUCGAAUGCAUUGAAGAGACCCACGCAUUCCUUCGAGAAGAAAUUACACAGCAUCGCGAGACCAUGGACAACGAGAAUCCACGAGACUUCAUCGACCUCCUCCUCAACGAAUUACAGAAGACCGACUGCUUUACUGAGGAGAAUAUUGACUGGAUAAUUCAAGACCUGUUUUUCGCUGGAAUCGAGACCACAGUCACCAGCUUGCGAUGGGGUCUUCUGUUCAUGGUUCUGUGUCCAGAGGAACAACAAAAGGUCCAAGCUGAGCUGGACAGUAUCCUGAGAACAGACCAUGACGUGCCCACCCUGGCUCACAGGUCCCAGCUCCCGUAUACCGAGGCUACUAUCAUGGAAAUCCAGCGCAUCAGGGCCAUCCUUCCUCUCGGUGUUCCUCGCGCCCCUAACGAGGACACGACUUUUCGAGGCUAUGACAUCCCAGCGGGAACGCAGGUUCUUCCCAACCUGUGGUCAGCUCAUAUGGACCCAGAAUACUGGUCGGACCCAGAGAAGUUUGACCCCCGUAGGUUCCUGGACUCUGACGGCAAGGUGGCUACCAGGCCGGAAUCCUACAUGCCCUUUUCUACCGGUCGCCGUGUCUGCCUUGGUGAGCAGCUGGCUAAGAUGGAGCUCUUUCUGAUCUUCUCUUCCCUCCUGAAGCACUUCACCUUCAAGUUGCCAGAGGGCGCCGCUGCACCUUCGACAGAUGGCUGCAUGACAAUAACUUUGGUCCCACCAACAAUCAAUAUGACAAUGUUGGCUGCGUUGUUGUCAGAAGUCUCCAUACGCACCAUCGCGGUAUUUUUGGUCGUUUCCUUCACUCUUCUGGUCUUCUUCAAACGACGUAAGAACCUCCCACCGUCACCGAGUGGGAGCUGGCCUGUUGUCGGCCACCUGUUGUCCCUCGGCCGAGCGCCCCACCUGAAGCUUACGGAGUGGAGGAAGCAGUAUGGCGACGUGUACACUGUUCGAAUGGGGAUGGAAGACGUGGUGGUUCUGAACGGCUACCGAGCCAUCAAAGAGGCGCUUGUGGACUACAAGGAUGCUUUCUCCAGCAGGCCAAACGUCUAUAUGCUGAAUCUAGUAUCUGGCUUUGGAAAAGGCAUAGGGCUCACAAAAUUCGACCACGUCUACAAAGAAAAACGCAAGUUUGCCUACAGUGCGCUGAGAAACCUGGGAAUGAGAAUGGGACCAGGCAGUAUGGAAGAAAACAUCAGAGAAGAGGCUCGUCAGCUCUGUCUGAAGAUGUCAGAACAAGGGGACGCACAGGCACGCGACAUCGCCGACAACCUGACUGUGUCAGUCGCCAACAUCAUCUGCUCCAUGGUGUUCGGGAAACGCUACGACUACGAUGAUGUGAAGUUUGUGGAACUGACCAAGAUUGUAAACAAGCUACACGCCCAACUGAAAUCCAGUCAGCUAAUGACUGUGUUUCCCUUUCUGCGAUUCAUACCGGGAGUAAAUUCAACAAACAGAAUUCUUUUCGAAUACCUUAACGAGGUCCACACAUUCAUUCGACAAGAAAUUACCAAGCAUCGCGAGACCUUGGACAACAAGAAUCCACGAGACUUCAUCGACCUACUCCUCAACGAGCUACAGACCCAAGAGCAUACCGACUGCUUUACAGAAGAGAACAUUGUGUGGAUAGUUCAAGGCCUGUUUCUUGCUGGAGUCGAGACCACGGCCAACUCCUUGCGAUGGGGUCUUCUCUACAUGGUUCUGUGUCCAGAGGAGCAGCACAAGGUUCAAGCUGAGCUGGACAGUGUCCUGGGAGCAGACCAUGACGUGCCCACCCUGGCCCACAGGUCCCAGCUCCCGUAUACCGAGGCUACUAUCAUGGAGAUCCAGCGAAUCAGGGCCAUCCUUCCCCUUAAUCUUCCUCACGCCACGAACGAGGACACGACUUUCCGAGGCUAUGAUAUCCCAGCAGGAACGCAGGUUCUUCCCAACCUGUGGUCAGCUAACAUGGACCCGGAAUUCUGGCCAGACCCAGAGAAGUUUGACCCCCGUAGGUUCCUGGACUCUGACGGCAAGGUGGUUACCAGGCAGGAAUCCUUCCUCCCUUUUUCUGCUGGUGAGUUUUGAUACCCGAACAAAACCACUAGAUGUAUGUUUUAGAGCCACUAUGUUAUAAACCAGUAAUUGGUGUCAUCAA